ACCCUGGCCAAGUUCCGGAAGGACGGCAAGUUCGUCGCGCUCAAGGCCGUGUCCAAGGGCUACGUCGCCAAGCACAACGACGAGCGCCACGUCCAGAACGAGCGCGCGAUCCUCACGCGGCUCCGCCACCCCUUCGUCGUGUCGCUCUUCGGCACGUUCCAGGACAAAAAAAAGGUGUAUUUCGUCAUGGAGUUCGUCGCGGGCGGCGAGCUCUUCUCGAAGCUGCGGGGGAACCAGUGCCUCACGGCGCCCGUCGCGCGCUUCUACCUCGCGGAGAUCCUCUCCGCGCUGGCCUACGUCCACGCGAACGGCUUCGCGUACCGCGACCUGCGCGUCCGCCCGCGCCCGCCGAAACCGGAGAACGUGCUCCUGGACCUCGACGGCCACUGCCGGCUCAUCGACUUUGGGUUCGCGUGCGCGCCGCCGGGCGGGCCCGACGGCCUCAUGCGCACGAACUGCGGCACGCCCGCGUACCUGAGCCCCGAGCAGCUGUCGCGGAAGAAGACGGGCGGCUACACGCGCAUCGUCGACUGGUGGGCCUUCGGGUGCGUCGCCCACGAGCUCAUGACGGGCCACACGCCCUUCUGCAAGGACCACAAGGAGGACUCGCACUACGCCAUCUACCUCCGCGUCAUCAAGGGCCGCAUCUCCUUCCCGUCGUUCCUCGGCGCGACGCCGAAGAGCCUCGUGAAGGCGCUCCUCAAGGCCGGCAAGGGCCGCCUCGUCGACGCGCCGUCGAUCACGGGCCACGAGUUCUUCGGCGGCGUCGACUUCGCCGCCGUCGAGCAGCGGCGCGUGCGGCCGCCUCAGGAGCCCCUCGUGCUCUCCGCGGGCGACGCGAGCCAGUUCGACGAGUACCGGGAGCGGCCGUGCCCCGAGGACGAC